AUGGAAGAAGGGAAAAGGCUCAUUAUUUUGCUCAGACAUGGCGAAAGAGCUGAUGAAGCACCAGUUCCUCGACGAGUUGAGUUCUCUUGUGAUAGCGACGCACCUUUGACAAGAAUUGGACUAGACCAAUCUGAAUUAGCAGCAGAAGCUAUUAUUAAACUUAUCCCAGAAAACUGCUCAAUCCACCUUGUCAGCUCUCCACUUAUCCGAUGCCUAGAAACUGCUUCUAAGCUUGCUACUCCUCUUAGCCUGCCUAUUUACAUUGAAGAAGGUUUUGGAGAAUGCUACCAAAUUCCUUACUGGAACUAUAACCCUUUUGAUAACUUACAUCUAAAAAACGACCCAGAAAUGAUACAAGAAAAAUUAGGCCAUAUCACACUAAUAGAAAACAGCCACAUCAUAAGGCCCAAAUACACAGAAACUGAAGAAGAGUCUGAAGCAAGGAUUGGCUCAGUCUUCCCUCAAUACCUCAAAAGUAUCACCGAAAAUGUCAUUAUAAUUGUAACCCACAAUUUGCCUUUAAAAAUAAUGACCAGAAUAAUGGGAGGGGACGUCUCCAAUUUCCAUUCCAACUACACAUUAAUUUCAGCAGCCUAUCUCAAAGACGACGAAUUCGCAAUUAUCAAAGAAUUUGAUGUAUCUCACUUACCAAAAUCUUUACAAAAGCCUAUUUGCUUAUAA